AUGUCGAGCUACGACAAAUACCAGACUCCUCUAAGCACGAGGUAUGCCUCGUCUGAGAUGAUGACCAUCUUCUCAGCCCGAGAGCGUGCCAGCACCUGGCGCCAGCUCUGGGUGUGGUUAGCCGAGGCCGAGCAGGAGCUCGGUCUCGCUAUCCCGGACGAGGCCCUCAACCAGAUGCGUGCCAACGUGGUUGUGUCGGAUAAGGCCUUUGCAGUCGCGAGAGAGUACGAGGCCAAGUUUCGGCACGAUGUUAUGGCUCACGUGCAUGCCUACGGCGAGGACGCACCGGCUGCUGCUGGUCAUAUUCAUCUUGGUGCAACUAGCUGUUAUGUCACCGACAAUGCCGACUUGAUCUUCCAGAAGCGGGCCCUGGAUCUCAUCCUUCCCAAGUUGGCAAAGGUUAUCCAAAACCUUCAGGAGUUUGCCCUGAAGUACAAGGACAUGCCUACUCUGGGGUUUACCCAUUACCAGCCGGCCCAGCUAAUCACAGUCGGCAAGCGCGCCGCUCAGUGGAUUCAGGAGCUCAUGAUGGACCUCGAGGAUAUCGAGACUGUGCGGGACAGGCUUCAGUUUAGAGGCGCUCAGGGCACCACGGGCUCCCAGGCGACCUUCCUUGAGCUUUUCAACGGAGAUGCGGAAAUGAUUACGAAACUCAACGAGAUUCUCUGCAGGAAGGCUGGUUUCCCAUCCACCUACGCGAUUUCCACUCAGACCUACACCAGAAAGGUCGAUCUCCGUGUUGCUAAUGCUGUCUGCGCUCUUGGCGCGACAGCCGAGCGGAUUUGCGCCGAUAUCCGUCACCUGGCCAACUUGAAGGAGAUGGAAGAGCCUUUCGAGAAGAGCCAGAUUGGGAGCUCGGCCAUGGCCUACAAACGAAAUCCCAUGAGAUGUGAGCGCAUCACAGCCCUUGGCCGUAAGCUCGCGCGUCUGCCAGCCAACUUUACCGCCACAUUUGAGACACAGUGGUUUGAGAGGACACUUGACGACAGCGCCAUUCGCCGGAUGGAUAUUCCUGAAAUGUUCCUGCUGGCCGACUCCAUCCUUCUCGCUCUGGAUAACGUGACGAAUGGUCUUGUCAUCUAUCCGAAUGUGAUCCGAUCCCGAAUCGACCAGGAACUUCCGUUCAUGGCCACUGAGUCGAUCUUGAUGAAGCUUGCCGCUCACGGCGUGUCUCGCCAAGAGGCUCACGAGGAGAUCCGCGUACUGUCGCACCAGGCCAGUGAUGUCGUAAAGCAGCAAGGAGGGCGGAACGACCUCCUCGAACGCAUCAAGAGGACUGAGUUCUUCAAGCCUGUGUGGAAUGAAAUUGAUAGCUUGGUAGACCCCAAGCUGUUCAUUGGCAAUUGCCCAAAGAUCGUCGAGGAGUACUGCAACGGGGAAGUUGCAGAGAAGCUGGCCAAAUAUAAGGACAGUCUGGAGAAGGCCUUGACAGCUCAGCUCUCGAUCUGA